CCCCCGUCCCCCUCCGCCGAUCCGCCACGCACAACCACCAUGGCUCAUCACCACUCCUCGAAGCGUACCUCCGAGGCGAGCGCCUCCUCCUCGGCGACGCAUCUGCCGAAGAAGGCGCGUCGGGGCUCCGGGGCCGAGUCCAACCCCGCGGUGCCGGCAUCCACUCCGGACGCGGUGAUCGCGCGCAUCGAGCAGAUCAAGCAGCGCAAGCGCGACGACGCGUGGCGCGCCGUGUAUGACCGCGUGCCGCGGAAGAUCCUCCAGCUGGAGGCCCUGAUCCAGCGGUACAAUGACCUGCUGGGCGGGCUGGUCCCGGCGGCGGCGGCGGCCGCGGCCUCUGCCGCCACCGACCCGUGCGACAUCAGCGCGGCCCAGGAGGCGGCCGACUCGCACGCCCGGUCCAUGAUGAAGGCCCAUGCCAAUGCCCGGGCCACCAUGCUGGGGGUUUCACGCAAGACCGCCCGGCUGAGCUUCGUGUCGCAAGUGUCCUCGACGGCCAUGGCGUCGGCUCUCGGCCGGGCGUCGGCCACGGCCGUCGGGCAGCUGGCCGCCGGGGAUCAGCUCGACCUGCUGGCCAUUGUCCGGAAUGUGGAGUCCUCUUGCAAUGGGGACGCGCGCCAUUUCAAUGCCCCGCGGCCGACCCCGAAUCUGCCGUUCCCGCAGGGGCUGGUUCUGCCGAACCUGCCGCGGCUGGAGGAUGGCGCCUCGCAGACGACCACCUCCGCGCCGGCAGCGGCUGCCGGUGCCGAGGACAGCGCCCCGCAGCAGGACACCGGCGCCCCGGUCAGCCCGCACCCGAUGGCCGUCACGGUGCGCGAGCUGCUGGAGUCCAUCAAGCUGGAGAUCAACGAGCAGCUGGACAUCUGCGAUGCCAUCAAGAUCUGGGUCCAGUUGAAUGUCCCGCGCAUUGAGGAUGGCAACAACUUCGGUGUCGAAGUCCAGGAGGAGAUCAUCGGUCAGCUGUCGCAAACGGAGAAUGCCUUCCUCGGCAUCCGCUCGGAGAUCCUGGACUUCUAUCUGUCCCGGGCGAACCUUGUGUCGGCGAUCACCAACAACCCCGACAACCCGGACCUCAUGCAGGCCCUGAUCGAGCACGAUGAGAAGCAGAUGAUGCGCGCCCGCAUGAGCCUGCUGGACCUGCUCAACAACUACCUCAUCAUGUACGACGUCAUCACCAAGAACAUGGAUAAGCUGAAGCGCCCGCGCAGUGAGGUUGCCCUGCACAUGUAUUGAGGCAACUUCCUCCCCUCCCCCCCUCCCCCCCCUC